CAUUGCAGCGUCUAGAUGUUAGAAUUUUCAAGCGUUGGGUCAUAGAUAUGACUUGCAAUGCAGAACCAUUCAACUGCGACUUUAUUCUGUUCAUUUAUAUGAAUGCAAUAUAUAUAUAUAUAUAUAUAUAUAAUAUAGCUGAAGCUCUUGGAAAUGUAGUGUAAGAAAGAAGAUAGGAGAUAUGAAGAUGGGUUGGUAUCUUCUUUUGGUGAUUCUAGGGUUUGAUUUGGUCCUUAAUGUCUCUGGCAAUCUGGAAGGUGAUGUGCUGUAUGCAUGGAAGACUAACUUGGUUGAUCCUAACAAUGUUCUCCAAAGCUGGAAUGCUAGUCUUGUAAAUCCUUGUACUUGGUUUCAUGUUACAUGUAAUAGUGACAAUAGUGUGACCAGAGUUGAUGUUGGAGAUGCAAGCCUUUCAGGUCAACUAGAUCCAAAGCUUGGUCAGCUCUCAAAUUUGCAGUAUUUGGAAGUUUAUGGCAAUGAUCUAACCGGAAUGAUUCCGUCCACGCUUGGAAAUUUGACGAACUUGGUGAGCUUGGAUCUUUACUUGAAUAGAUUAAGUGGACCUAUCCCAGACACGUUGGGCAACCUUGAGAGGCUACGUUAUCUGCGUAUCAACAAUAACUUCUUGUCGGGAAGCAUUCCUAUGUCUUUGACUAAUAUUGCCUCUCUGCAAGUCCUUGAUCUCUCAAGCAACAAUUUAACCGGAGAUAUCCCAAUCAAUGGCUCAUUUGCACUUUUCACUCCCUGGAGUUUUCGGAAUAAUCCAGGAUUAAAACCACAAAAGUUCCCUCCACCUCCACCAUUGUUUCAAAUUGCACCAACUCCUUCAGCUGGAGAACCCUCUUCUCCAUAAUCAUCUCCAAAUAAUCAUUAUGUAGUGCUAGUUAUGGAGUGGGCUUGCAAGUGAUAUAUCUUCAAUUCCAUCACCAUCUCCAGCAUUGCCAAAUUCUUGCCCUGUCUUUGCCUAUUAUCUAUGGCUUCUGGGCUUAUUUUGAAUAAUCUUUUUGUUUUAAGUUAUGCACACGCGUGUGGGUGCAUGUAUUAAUAAGCCGUUUUGGCAUUGUUGUAUAUUUGUAGUCGUACCAUUAUGUGAGUGGUUUGUUAAUUGCAAUGGAUUGUUCGAGAUUAUAUAUGGUUACAAUUGGCUAAGUUUUCUACUUCCAUUGAAAAUGUAUACAUUUGUUCGGAUCAA